AACUGAUGCACCUGAGCUCUUCAUUGAAAGUGUGGAGACAUUUUCAUUCUUUGUGACGUGGUUUGAAUGGAUUUCUGGUCGUUCUGAGAGUCGCGGGACAGAAUGAGAUGAAAAGAAAGUGCUUUUGGAAGUUUUCAGGACAAAAAAAACAGAUCAAGGACACUGAAGAUCCUCUGAAGACGCUUGAUCAUGCCUCGCUGUCCUCAUCUUUUGGUCCUUCUGCUGUUUUAUCCUCCUCAAGUCUGUUGUGGUGAAGUUCCGGCUGAAGACCGUCUGCUGAGGUUUCUGCUCACAGGAUACAGUAAACUGGCCCGUCCGGUUCAGAACAUCACUGAUGUGGUUCACGUCCGCUUUGGGCUGUCCAUCGCCCAGCUCAUUGAUGUGGAUGAAAAAAAUCAAAUGAUGACCACGAAUGUGUGGGUGAAACAAGAAUGGCAUGAUUACCGGCUCCGCUGGAGGCCCGCAGACUAUGAGAACAUCACCUCGAUGCGGAUACCGGCGCAGUUCAUCUGGAAGCCGGACAUAGUGCUGUAUAACAACGCAGACGGUGAUUUCACCGUGACUCACCUGACCAAAGCUCACCUGUUCCACGACGGACGAGUGACCUGGAUCCCGCCGGCCAUCUACAAGAGCUCCUGCAGCAUCGACGUCACAUUCUUCCCCUUCGACCAGCAGAACUGCACCAUGAAGUUUGGCUCCUGGACGUACGACCGCGAGAAGAUCGACCUGAUCCGCACAGGCGACAGCGCAGACCGCACAGAUUACUGGGAGAGCAGCGAGUGGGCCAUCAGCAGCGCAGUGGCCACCUACAACCUCAAGAAAUACGAGUGCUGCUCCGAAGUCUACGCCGACAUCACCUACUCCUUCAUCAUCAGGAGACUUCCGCUCUUCUACACCAUCAACCUCAUCGUUCCCUGUCUGCUGAUUUCAUGUCUGACCGUGCUGGUCUUCUACCUCCCUUCUGACUGCGGAGAGAAAGUCACCAUGUGCAUCUCUGUCCUCCUGUCGCUCACCGUCUUCCUCUUGCUUAUUACAGAAAUCAUUCCGUCUACAUCUCUGGUGAUCCCUCUGAUUGGCGAAUACCUGCUCUUCACCAUGAUAUUCGUCACUCUAUCCAUCACCAUCACUGUGUUUGUGCUGAAUGUGCAUCACAGGUCACCAGAAACCCAUUCGAUGCCUGAAUGGGUGCGUAUGUUCUUCUUAGACAUCAUGCCGAGGUUCCUCUUCAUUCAGAAGCCUCCUGUGUUGCAGAAGAACUUGCGAAGAACAUCUGUUGAUCCUCGGAAGAGGAAGAAGAGCAGCGCUGCUUCCGUUUGGGACGACGAAGAGAAGAAGGAACCAGCUUUAUCCAUUCCUAUGAAAGUGCAUCCUGCAUUCAUGCAUUCGUUUGCAUCAACGUACACAAAUACAGGCCGAUCGAAGACUCGCUCACACAGUGUGGAGAUCAGUUUUGGAGAGCGAGAUAACGCCAGCAUGCGUUAUCGCUCACGCAGCAUCCAGUUCUGUCCUCUGCAUGAUCAAGAUCAAUGGAGACCCUCCAGAAAAACCUCUAAAGUGAGCAGCGCUGGAGAACAUCCACAGUUCACUCCAUCUCAUGCUUCACGGCUGGCCAUGGAAGGAGUGCAGGACAUCACUGAGCACCUGCGCGCCGAACACGCCGAUUCAUCUGUGAGGGAAGAGUGGAAGUAUGUGGCCAUGGUCAUGGAUCGGCUCUUCCUGUGGAUGUUCAUAUCAGUGUGCAUUCUGGGUAUUGUAGGCCUGUUCCUCCCUCCAUGGUGGGCUGGAAUGAUCUGA